UUCCUCGUCUGUUGUUGCCUCACUGGGAUUCGUGUGCAGGUGUGCGUGUUAUUGGGUUUCGUGUAGCCAAUACAUACUGCUAAUCUUAGCUCAACAGCCAGGGCUUGAGAUUCAGGCAGUAGGAUAGAUUGUUCAGUGGGCAGAUUAUCUCUCUCUCCUCUUGGUCUGUUUCAAUGGAGGUAAACCAGAAGAUGUCAAUGACCCCAAGCACCAAUGAAAAAGUACUGAGGAGUCCAUUGGUCCUGAAAAGGUGAAAGUACCAGAACAAAAGAAAAGUGAAACCUGAGAAAAAGGCUGUCAGAGGGAUAACUUAUCACACAAGCCGGACUCGAGCAAUCCUUCUAAACCUGGAGAGGGAGUGUUAGGGGAAAAAGAGGGCAAGAAGUUAUUUGAUAUCGGCGCCUGAUUGCAUCUGAAACUUUGAAAGAGUUUCUUUAAAAGAGUGCUGAGGAUUAGCUGAGCUGAGCGUGAGACCAGAGAAAGGCGUGGGCGAGUUCACGUCGAGUUCCAUUGGGGAAAAAGUCUCAGCUAGUUGAGAGAGACAGCUCAAAAGGUGACUGUUCAACAGAAAUCAUGCAGAAUUAGGCUGCAUACACUUUAGGUCUAGGUCACAUGCAUGAUUAUUAUUGACAGGUGAUUGAAUCAUUAUUGAAUAGUUAUGAUGGACUGUCUUAAAUACAAUACAACACAAUAACACCGAUCAGUCAGUCAAUCUGUCAGUCCUUUCAACCCAUCCUCAGCUCCCUUGUCAACUUACUCAUCUCUCAGUCCCCCCCCUCCCACCCUCUGACUCACCAGUCCAAAAAUCCUGAUGAAGUCACGCAAAACCUAACCUGAAUAUAACCACUCCACGCUUAUGAAGACAAACAAAGAUAUGUGUACUCUGCAAUGGGGACAGAAACAGAUGGGAGGACACCCAAAACCCUUUUUUAAAUGUAGGGAUUAGGUUUGGAUUGUAAAACUUGACAUCUGGAACGAGGAUAGGAACAGGACACAGGGACACAGCCUGUUUUUGGGGACAGAGAAACUCUGAUAUCCAUAAUCCACAGUGCCCUGAAAUAAGAGUGGUUGACACUCAGGACCUGUAGGUCUGUGGGGAGCUCUCUGACUGCCACACCGAAGGGAGAGAGAGGUGUUUUAAGGUACUGUUCUCCUGGACUAGUUUGGCCCCGCCUGGCCUGAGUCCAGGACACCAUGGGGUGUAACAUGUGUAUGGUUCAGAAGCCUGAGGAACAGUACAGGGUCAUGUUCCAGAAGGGUCAAAUAAGUAACAUGCUGUGUUCUUUAGAUGGAGAAGGUCGAUUGAAGUUGAAUGGUAAAGAGCUGUCUCGUCUCUCUGAGGACACCACCCUGGAUGUGAAAGACCCCCUGCUGUCUCACGUAUUAAGGAGGGGGACCCGGAGGCGGGCGGGACAUGCAGGGCGACUAGCGGGGCUGGACGGGACAGUAGCAGUGACAGGGGGGCUGACUGACUGUGUGGACAGCGGCACUCAGACUGACAUCAGCUUCCAGCACAUCUUGACCCUGGGAAGGACCGCCCACAACCCAUGUGGAGCCCCGCCCCCUCACCCUUCCCCCUCUCCACCGCUGCCACCCAUCCUGGAACCCUACCUGCUCAAUGAGUUUCUCCUAGAGCCUGAAUAUUAUGAACCCAACAACUACUUUGACAUCCCUCAGCAGGAGGGGGAUCUCCGACAGGAUGAGUUAGAAUACGAGGAGGUUGAGCUGUAUAAGUCUCGUCAGCAGGACAAACUGGGGUUAACGGUGUGCUACCGGACAGACGAUGAGGAGGAUCUGGGGAUCUAUGUGGGCGAGGUCAACCCCAAUAGUAUAGCUGCUAUGGAUGGCCGCAUCCGAGAGGGGGAUAGAAUAUUACAGAUAAACGGGGUGGACAUCCAGAACAGAGAGGAGGCGGUGGCCAUUCUUACCAGGGAGGACAGUACCAACAUCUCCCUGCUCCUGGCCCGGCCCGAAAUAGAGAAUGACAACCAGCUGGACCCAGAUGAGCUGGAGCUGGAGGUUCUGGAUAAUGCCGUCCAUCUACCUAGCCCCCAUCAGCUGAGGAACGGGGCCUCCAUUCUCAAUGCAGAACCAGGGGUCAUGGGUGGUGGUGGGGUGGGAGGCCGUGGGUGGGGUCACCGUGACUCUCCUAGCCUGCUCCACACGGUGCUGAGCAACAGCCAGGAGCUGGACAGCGGGGUUGGCCGUACGGACGAGAGCACCCGCAACGAGGAGUCCUCAGAACAUGACCUGCUGGGAGACGACCAGACCAGUGCCCCCACCACCAACGCCACCAACACCCCCGGCAGCAUGCGCAGGUUCCACUCUGGCCAAGGGGACAGGGACACCCCACCCCUGCUCCAUGGUCACUCCACAGAGUUCCACUUCAGCACAGACUCUCUGCUGGGGCUGGACUGUCUGGGUGGUGGAGGAGGAGUGGGGGGUGUUGACCUGGCAGGGGAGAGGGUCUACACAGCUGACCCAGUGGGGAUGAUGCCUGGCCUGACGGAGGAAGAGUGCGAUAGGUACAGGGAGCUCCUGGAGAUCAAGUGCUACUAUGAGAAGAACGGCAACGCUCUUCUGCUGCUGGGGGAGCAUAGGGGUCACGGGCAGGGGGGCGAUGGGGGGGUUCCUCUGGAUGUGAACAGGAAUGAGAACCUGAUGCAGCAUGAGAUGGCCCUCCUGGAAGAGGAGCUACGCCAUCUGGAAUUCAAGUGUCGUAACAUCCUGAGGGCCCAGAAGAUGCAGCAGCUCCGGGAGCGCUGUCUGAAGGCAUGGCCCCUGGAGGAGGAGGAGGAGGAGAGCGGAGCAGGAGGUGGGGCCGGGGCUGGGCGGGUGGCUCUUCUGGUUCUCGAGGAGUCCUGUAUCCAUGAGCUGUCGGACAUUAAUGAGCUCCCUGAGAGGGAGCGCUCUGACAAGGACAGCACCAGCGCCUACAACACAGGAGGAGAGAGCUGCAGGACCACCCCUCUGGUCACCGAACAGUACCCCUCCCUCUCUGCACAUGGCCGCAGCAGCCUGGAGGGGGAUUCUUUGCAGUGUCGGACCCCCAGCCGGCACGGGGAGAGGGGAGGCAGGAGGGAGGAGAGGGGGCAGGCUAACCUGAACCAGCCCUACUCCCCUAACUCACACAGAAGGGGAGCGGAAGCCAAGACCUCCAGCCCGGGAGGCACCAAGUUCAGAUCCCUAUCCCGCGACAGGGCGGCCAGGAGGGGGUCGGACGGAGGUGCGGGACGCCCCAAAACCAACGGGACAGUAGAGGGGAGGGGAAGAGGACGUAGUGCUGAGAACAGCCCUUAUCUGUCCCGCCGCCACUCUGGCCCCAGAAUCCCCCAGCGCUACCAAAGCUGCAUGCAGCUGAGGUCCCCCUGUACCUCCGAGGGCCUGGAGCGACCCAGGGAGGGCAGCGACAGUCCCAUGAGUCUGGGGAGCACAUGCAAGAACAUUCCCUCCUUACCCAUCCUCCCUCCCCUCCCGCAGCCAGCCUCACCACGUAUGGAGUGGAAGGUCAAAGUACGAAGCGACGGCUCCCGCUAUGUUGCCAAGCGUCCCGUUAGGGACCGCCUCCUGAAGGCCCGGGCCAUGAAGAUCCGAGAAGAGCGCAGUGGCAUGACCACGGACGACGAUGCCGUCAGCGAGAUGAAGAUGGGCCGCUAUUGGUCGAAAGAGGAAAGGAAGCAGCAGUUGCUGAGGGCCAGGGAGCAGCGCAGACGCAGGGAGUUUAUGAUGCAGAGCCGGCUGGACUUCCUGAGGGAGUCGCAUGGUGGUGGACAACACGGGGCUACACAGGGACAGGAGCCCACUACCAUCCUGGAGCUCAGCCACAGGAGGAGCCAGAAGAAACGGAGCCGUAGGAUCCUGGAUAACUGGAUCACCAUCCAGGAACUACUGGCUCACGGGACCAGAUCACCUGACGGGAAGAAGGUCUACAACCCUCUGCUGUCAGUCACCACUGUUUAAUGUAGAGGGGAGAGGUGAUGGGUAUAGAGGACAGAGAAAGGAAGACCGAGAGGACGAGAAGAGUGGAGAAGUAGUUUGUGGUGGGGUUGAUUUUGAGGAAAAUAAAUCCACCUCAAUCUUGUAUGUCACUGCCAUAGAGGAAUCAUCUUUUUAUCUGUGCCAUUAUAGGGUCUGUGACAGCCUGGGCAGCUCCAUUGAGGCGAUAACCCAUAGGAAUCCCCACCCAGUUGACUACUUUAUAGCGGAAGCCUUCAAUGGCAAUAUCCACACUUAAACAGGUAUAUCCAUUGAGUUUUGUUAUCUCUAUGGUCACUGCACAUAGGAGAGGGAGAACGGGUGAGAUCGCACCACGUGCUGCAUAGUCACCACAGCCUUUGAAGAGAGGAAGAAAAGAAUGGUGCAAUGUAGAACAACAGAACGUAAUUAAGCAAUAAGGCCCGAGGAGGUGUGGUAUAUGGCCAAUAUACCAGAGCUAAAGGGCUGUUCCUAUGCGAGACGCAUCCUGGCGUGCCUGGACACAGCCCCUAGUGGUAUAUUGGGCAUAUGCCACAAGCACUCUAGGUGCCUUAUUGCUACUAUUAACUGGUUACCAAUGUAAUUAGAGCAGUAAUUAGUAUUUUUUUCAUACCAAUGGUAUAAGAUCUGAUAUACUACAGCUUUCAGCCAAUCAGCAUUCAGGACUCGACCUACUUUAUAAUUACCAAUAUUGCAACCUGUCAUUUCUGCCUGAGAGAAAAGGAUAAACAUAGGGAGGCAAGACGAGUAAAAAGCAAGCUCUGGUGAAAUAAACCAACCUGUAGUUAUUGACCAUGCUUAUAAGGACAGUGCCUUGUAUGCCAACUAAUAUGCUUGUGUAAGGCAUUUACAAAGCACAUUGGGAAAGAACAGAGCCUGGGCCUUAUUGACUAACGACUGAAAUGGACAUUGCGGUAAGAUCUGACAAGCAUGCGUUUUCAUAUGAAUAAAUUGAGAAGCACAGUGAGAAAAAAGGCACCAAAUGCCACAGCACACGACAACUACAUAUCUGGUGGUGGAAACGUGAUGAAAUGUUUUGGAGUCUGAUGACUGGUACGAUCGUAUGGAGUUACUUACUCAUACGGUAUGACAGAACAAUGAGGAGUGGUAAGUGGUUCUUUGACAUUUAGUUACUUGCAUGUUGACUAUAAAUGUAAAAAGGAACAACUUAAAAUAGACUUUAAAAAGUUCAAAAAUCUUAGUGUGAAAUUGUGGAUGUGAUAAUGUGACAUGUUCUUCACUUGUUCAAUUCUUAGACUAGAAAACUGUGUGGCCCUGUUUGUUCAGUAUACUGUGAUGUCUAGUCCAUAAGCGUUUUACAAUAAAAGCUUUUCUAU